UGUUGGCAUCCUGCUUGGGCGGAGCUGCCACGUCUCCCAGUGUCCCUGUGUGGCCUGGGGACAAGCUCACGGCUCAUCAGUGGGGUCGGUUCUCAGGGCCAUGGGAGCUGGGCCAGGCUGCCCAGCCGCUCUGAAGGCAGCAAAGGACAUCCUUGCCACCUAAGGGGAAACCAUUUCCUCCCAGGACUCUGUUGGUUCGUGCUUCAGGACACUGUGACACAGGGCUCACCUUGAGCCAGGUGUCUCAGCUGGCUGCCUGAGCUGCAGUGACCAUGGGACAGACAGAGGUGCCAGGCAGGUCGUGCAAUCCUGCCAACACGCUGGGGCUCCUGGUCAGGGGGCGCAGAGGGAGCCAGGUUCUCCUCGCCCCCUCUCUGAUGCCAGUCCCGCCCUGCCAUGAGUCUAUGAGCCCCCUCCGGAUCAGCGUGGGUGGUCUGCCCGUCCUCGCGUCCAUGACCAAGGGUGCUGACCCCCGCUUCCGACCUCGCUGGAAGGCCAUCGUGCUGUCCUCGGCCUGCGUGGGGCUCGUGCUGCUGCUCUUCUGCCUGCACCGUUCCUCCCCAGCGCGGCAUGGCCCCCCCAGCCCUCGCACCUGGCAGCUUGGCCUGCAGGCAGGGGAGCGCUACAAUGACACCUACCCGCUGUCCCCACCGCAGAGAAACCCCGAGGGCGUGCGCUACCGCAUCGGCGUCAUCGCCGACCUGGACACGCGGUCCCGCGGCUCCCAGGAGCACACCUGGUUCAGUUACCUGAAGAAGGGCUACCUGGUACUGUCAGACAGUGGGGACAGAGUGACAGUGGAGUGGGACAAGGAUGAGAGCAUGCUGCAGUCCCACCUGGCUGAGAAGGGCCGGGGCAUGGAGCUCUCAGAGCUGGUGGUUUUCAAUGGGAAGCUGUACACGGUGGACGACCGGACAGGUGUGGUCUAUCAGAUCGAGGGCAACAAGGUGGUGCCCUGGGUGAUCCUCCCAGACGGGGACGGCACUGUGGGGAAAGGCUUCAAGGCGGAGUGGCUGACAGUGAAGGAUGAGCACCUGUAUGUGGGAGGACUGGGCAAGGAGUGGACCACCACGACAGGGGAGGUGGUGAACGAGAACCCCCAGUGGGUGAAGGUUGUUGGCUACAAGGGUGACGUGAGCCACGAGAACUGGGUGACAAACUACAAUGCGCUGAGGGCUGCAGCAGGGAUCCGGCCCCCAGGGUACCUGAUCCACGAGUCGGCCUCCUGGAGCGACACGCUGCAGCGCUGGUUCUUCCUGCCACGCCGCGCCAGCCACGAGCGCUACAGCGAGAGCGCGGACGAGCAACGAGGCACCAACCUGCUGCUGAGCUCCACCCAGGACUUCGGGGACGUGACAGUGGGGCGUGUGGGCGAGGUGGUUCCCACCCACGGCUUCUCCUCCUUCAAGUUCAUCCCGGACACAGACGACCAGAUCAUCGUGGCACUAAAAUCAGAAGAGGACAAUGGCAAGAUCUCCAGCUACAUCAUGGCCUUCACGCUGGACGGGCGCUUCCUCCUGCCCGAGACCAGGAUUGGGAGUGUGAAGUACGAGGGCAUUGAGUUUAUUUAACAGACAUCUGCACUGAGUGGAGGCGUGGGGCAGCCCAGGGACGUGGGCAGGCCCUGCUGGCCUGCUCCUAGCCCGGGGUCCAGGAGGAAUGUCAGGCAGUGCUCCCAGCUCUGUCCUUGGCCCUGGGCUCUCCUGUAAAGUGUUGACUGAGCUGCA